CAACACUGCCAUCCAGAGCGGACGCGGCUGCAGAGCUCUGCGCUCCAACUGUGGAUGUUUGAUGAGAGAAACAGGCUCAGAGACCCUGACAGACACACAGACACACAGACAGACAGAGCUGGGACACCAGGCACACACACACGCCUCAGUUGCUGGAUGUUGGAGCCCCAGUGUGUGGCCCGGGCUUCGGCGGCGGAAGUGCAAGUGUCGGGGUUGGAUCUGUGGCUGACCCCGGUGUGAAUGGGAUUACUCCGGUUGUUCCCGCGCCUCCUGUCGAUGCUGCUGCAUGAGGAAACAUGCGGCUGCAAAGCUUGUUCUUCUUCUUCUUCCCGGUGCCCUCCUCCUCCUCCUCCUCCUCCUCCUCUUCUUCAUCCUUGGUCCUCCUGUCCCUGCUGCUGCCCUUCGGGCUCUGCAGCGGCACAAGUUUCCCAAGUAACAUCAACAUAGGAGGCCUUUUUCCAACUGGCUCCCAUGAAUACGAGGUGUUCCGCUUUGCUCUGGCCCAACACCAGGAUGUCCCCAAACUGGUGCCACAAGUUGAUAUGGUGGACACGAGCAGCAGCUUUGCCAUGACGUACGCCUUCUGCUCCCAGUUCUCAAAGGGCGUAUACGCCAUCAUGGGUCUGUACGAUCGGCGGACGGUCAACAUGCUCAUGUCUUUCUGUGGCUCUCUGCACGUUUGCUUCGUCACGCCAUCCUUCCCGGUCCAGACCAACAACCAGUUUGUUCUGCAGCUGCGGCCUCAGCUGCAGGAACCACUCAUGGCCCUGCUGGAGCACUUCUACUGGACCAGGUUCGUCUACAUGUACAGCUCUGACUCAGGUCUGUCGGUGUUGCAGAGGAUCUUGGACACGGCGGCGGAGCGCACUUGGCAGGUCACGUCUGUGAAUCUGGACACUUUAACAGAGACGGCCUUCAUCAAGCUGCUGGCUGACCUGGACUACAAGAAGGACUUUCAGAUCAUCAUCGACUGUGAGCUGGACCGACUCAACUCCAUCCUCAACCUGAUUGCAGCUCAGAAGAGAAACCUGAAGAACUACCACUACAUCCUGGCCAAUCUGGGUUUCAUGGACUUGAACAUCACAGAGUUUCAGAAGCUGGGACCGAACGUGACGGGCUUCCAGCUGGUGAACCACUCCGAUCCAGAUGUGGAAAGAAUCAACCAGGACUGGAUGGAUUUUGACAGCAAAGACCUCAAAUUGGCCCAAAGGAGACUCAAGUACACAGGAGCUCUGACCUAUGAUGGUGUCAGCGUCAUGGCGAUGGCUUUUCAGAACCUGCGACGGCAGCGGAUUGAUAUCUCACGCCGUGGCAAUGCAGGAGAGUGUCUGGCCAACCCACCUGCUCCCUGGGGACAGGGUAUAGACAUCCAGAGAGCUCUGCAGCAGGUGCGUCUGGAGGGCCUGACGGGUCACAUUCAGUUUGAUGAGCGAGGACAUCGCACUAACUACACGCUGACAGUGAUGGAGUAUAGCCACAUUGGACCCAGAAAGAUCGGCUAUUGGAAUGAGAGGAGAGGCUACGUCAACACAGCCAUCUACAAACCAGUGAUAGAAGAGUUCUAUGGCCUGCAGAACAGAACCUAUAUAGUUACAACCAUACUGGAAGCUCCAUAUAUGAUGCUAAAGAAGAACCACGAACAGUUUGUAGGAAAUGACAAGUAUGAAGGUUAUUGUGCUGAACUGGCCUCCGAGAUUGCCAAACACGUUGGCUUUGUUUAUCGGCUUGAGCUGGUGGGCGAUGGCAAGUAUGGUGCACGCGAUCAUCAAACUAAGAUGUGGAACGGCAUGGUGGGAGAGCUGGUGUAUGGGAAAGCUGACGUGGCCGUUGCCCCGUUGACGAUCACUCUGGUCCGUGAGCAGGUGAUCGACUUCACCAAACCCUUUAUGUCUCUGGGAAUCUCCAUUAUGAUCAAGAAACCUACUAAGUCCAAACCAGGUGUCUUCUCCUUCCUUGACCCACUGGCCUAUGAGAUCUGGAUGUGCAUCGUCUUCGCCUACAUUGGAGUCAGCGUGGUGCUGUUUUUGGUGAGUCGUUUCAGCCCUUAUGAAUGGCAGGGUGAGGACUCUGAUGAUGAGGAUGAAACUCUGCCCUCCUCUGUCUCUCGACGAGCUCUGCCAACUUCAUCUGAACUUACUCAUUCUCCAGGAUACUCCCAGGCCCAGGCCCAGAAUCAGAACCAGCAGAAAGAAAAGGAGACUCCAGAGUACACCAAUGACUUUGGGAUCUUUAAUUCUCUCUGGUUCUCAUUAGGAGCCUUCAUGCAGCAAGGCUGUGACAUCUCCCCCAGGUCUCUCUCAGGUCGUAUUGUUGGAGGGGUGUGGUGGUUUUUUACCCUCAUCAUCAUCUCUUCGUAUACAGCCAACCUUGCCGCCUUCCUCACUGUGGAGAGGAUGGUCUCGCCCAUUGAGAGUGCUGAAGACUUGGCCAAACAGACGGAGAUCGCCUAUGGUACCCUGGAUGCAGGCUCGACCAAAGAAUUCUUCAGCAGAUCAAAGAUUGCAGUGUUUGAGAAGAUGUGGUCUUACAUGCGGAGCGCGGACCCGUCUGUGUUUGUCAAAAACACCAACGAAGGUGUGAUGAGAGUAAGGAAGUCAAAGGGGAAGUACGCAUACCUGCUGGAGUCCUCCAUGAAUGAGUACAUCGAGCAGAGGAAACCCUGUGACACCAUGAAAGUAGGAGGUAACCUGGACUCUAAAGGCUACGGAGUGGCCACCCCCAAAGGAUCGCCUCUCAGAAACCCUGUUAACUUGGCAGUGUUAAAACUGAACGAGCAGGGCCUGUUGGACAAAUUGAAAAACAGAUGGUGGUAUGACAAGGGAGAGUGCGGCACCGGGGGAGGGGACUCCAAGGACAAGACAAGCGCACUCAGCCUGAGCAACGUGGCCGGAGUGUUUUACAUUCUGAUUGGUGGGCUGGGCCUGGCCAUGCUUGUGGCGCUGGUGGAAUUCUGUUACAAAUCCCGCAUCGAGUCGAGACGGAUGAAGGAGCUCAUAGAUGCCGCCAUGAUGAGCACCACGCUGGGCGGAAUGGCAACAGGAGGCGGAGCUGCGGUGGUGGCAGCAGCAGCAGCAGGUGGUUUAGGAGGAGGGGCGGCUGGACUAGGAGGGGAGAACGGCCGUGUGGUGGCGCACGAUUUCCCCAAAGCCGGUGCUCACGUUUUACCCUGCUUGAGCAAGGCAGCCGGCCUGGGACUCUCCUCCACAGGCAUGUGAUCAGAACUGAGACAUCUGAUUGGGCGGAACGCUCCUGUCUGAACUGCAUUCCUGUUUGUCUGUAAUAACUGAGUGGAGAUAAAGAACAAAAAGGGAAAAGAGUGAUGUAAACAGGGAAAGGGGAGAGGGAGUUCUCCCAGAAUGAUGGGGAAAUUUGAUAAAGGAAGGACAAAAAAGAAAGAAUUUAACUGGAGUAGGUAAAAGAAAAAAGACUUUUUAAGAAGACAACAGAGAAAAUAUUUGACAGGUGAUGCUAGCAGGCAGAAGGAGUGUUCAUGUUCACCAUGAAUGGACUGGAUAGAAAGACCAACUACCAACAGAACUCUGAUGUACAGAGUGCACCUGAACACAACUCAACACACUUGAAUAGAACUGCAGAGCUGCAUCAGACUGAGUGGAGGAGCUCCUGCAAGACAACUGACUGGGUUUAAACUCUGUCAAACUCUGUUUUUGGUUUGGUUUGUUUUGGGGUUUUUUGUGAGCACUGUCUUAAACUAAACUCCUCCUCUUCUGCAAUAAUAGAGCCCAGGGGGAAACAAAGAAGAGAGAUUUUUUUAAAGAACAAAACUUCUCAGAGGCUCAAUUACUGCACCCAUUCUUCUUUGUCUUCUUUUUCUUCUUCUUCUUCCUCCUCUUCUUCUUCAUCUUCUUCUUCAUUUUCUUCAUCUUCUUCUUCCUCCUCUUCUUCUUCAUCCAGUCUUUUCUUUCAGUGCUCAACCCCUCAAGUAACACAGUCGUGCUACAGCAGAGUUGUAGCAGAGCUUUGUUGCAUAAACACACUCAACACUCUGCCUUGAAAGCAGGGAUAGGUGAGUGUGAGCAUGUUUUUGAAGCUUUCAACCACACUCAAGGUGGUGAAGAGGAACUUGAGGGAAAUACCACAUGAUGCCCAAGAGGAGAGGGAGCUGCCUCCAUUAUGAGGACAAUUCAUGUUUCCAUGUCUGCAGGGAAUUUGUCAGGAAAAUAUGGGACAAGCUGUAUUUUGUGGCCAUUAAAAGUCUAAAUUGUGGUACACAACGCAUGCUUACAUGAGGCUGGUGUACUGUGCCACAAAAGGUCAUCAGCACUAUAUACGAUAUCUUAAUUUCUACUUUAUUUUUGCAUUUAAAAUUGAAAUACUGGUGAAAAACAGUGUUGUGACAUUUGACAGCUUAUCUGUGACUAAAAAUGGGAUUUCAUGCAUGAAAUGAUUCACUGCUUUUGGGUGAUUUUGUGGAUGAGGUGCUAUAAGGGUUCAUUCAGGCUGAAUCAGAGGAGUUUUUGCCUUACGCUACUAAUGCCAGUUUGAAAACCUGAAGUGUGUUUUAUCACAGCAAACAAUGAAUAUUCAACUGUGUUAAGGUUUAUCUUCAUACCUUCAUUCAUACAACCUUUGUCCACUGGCUGUCUGCGAUACAAAGUGUAAUAUCACAAACAGCCACUAGAUGAUGGUUCUAAAACAGUCCUAGCACCAACUGACUUCUACUAUACUUCCAUCCAUAAACAAGAAGUCAGUUAUUUUUCCUUUAAGUCAUUUAUUUGGAUCCUCUAAUGAGAGCUCAGGUGGUCCUUUUAUAAACCGCCAGUAAGAUUUUAGGGCUAUAGAAGUCUAUGUUGUUUUGGGCAUUGAUUGACAACUCACUUGCCUGCUGAGUUGGAGCUUCUAUUAAAAUUGUAACUUGUGGUUAAAGUCCCAGUAAGUGGAGUGCUGUUGGCUUUUGCAUAUUUACCUGUUUCAUGUAAAAGCAGGAAUCUAGGUAGACCCACCUCAAAAAGCCCAAUCUGUUUUGAUUGGUCAGUUCCAUCUGUGGGGCAAUGAUCCAUAAUGACCAUGUCCAUAACUACUAGCUAUAUAUCUGUCAUCCUCUGCAGGGGACGUAAACAAAAUGAUGUUGGAUAGGACUAAAAAUGCAUGGAUAUCAUUGUUUUUAUUAAAUGAUAAACUAUAAAUUAUAUUUAGAAUACCUAGGGAAUGACUUGUGACAUAGUCGGGUCAAAUACUGGUGCAUAGGUGACAUAUAAUCCACACAAAAAAACAUUUUAUAUUAUUUCAUGGGGGC